AGCAGCAGCAGCAGCAGAGACCAGAAACGCAAGACGAGGAGCAAGCUGAGCAAAUCUCCCCCACAAGUCUCACUCUCGACGUUUCUCUCCGGACACGUUUCCCCGCUUCUGGAGCAGAAAGAGCCGUACGUGGGCCGCAGUCAUGUCCCUGAAGGUGGUGUGUUUCGCUGUAGUUCUGGCUCUGAUCGGCGCAUCAGCCGCGACGGACUCAGAUGGGUGUACAGCCAAGUCGUGUGAUUUGUGUGGAACCACUGGCUGCCAGUGGUUGAACUGCACAACAUCAAUCGGCUGUCGCAACACAACUCUGGCAGAAAAUGAGAACUGCACCCAAGCUAGCUGCUCAGCUACUGAUAACACAACAGGCCUGGCUUCAAGCACCUCUGCGUCUACAUCCUCUCCCUCUACAGCCUCCCCACCCACUGCCACUCCUAAAGUCAUCAGCCCUCAGCCCACCUCAGCCAAUUCGACCAUUAAUUCCACCGUCACCCCCACUCACAAUGGUAGCAUCACCACCAUUACGACUCCAUCCUCCACUUCUACUGGAACCACCACAAAUGGCACAACAACAAUUGCCCCCUCUCCUGCCCCUCACAAGAACACCUUUGACGCCGCAAGCUUCAUCGGUGGAAUAGUGCUGAUCCUGGGCCUGCAGGCCGUGAUCUUCUUCCUCUACAAGUUCUGCAAGUCCAAGGAUCGCAACUACCACACCCUCUGAAGCGGCUGCACUUUUGGAUCCAGAUCACUUUACCUUUCCCAACCAACUAGAACCUUGCAGAGAAGACUCCCCACUCGGCAUGCACUCUUCAGGACGGACUCAAACAGUGUUUUCAAGCAGGUUUUCUAGAUAUUUGAUGUUUAUUCCACUUGUGGUUUAGGCCUGUAUAAGUCCUGCUGUUGUAGUAUGUCUUAAGACACACACACACACACACACACACACACACACACACACACACACACACACACACACACACACACACACACACACACACACACACACAUAGGCCUGUAUGUAUGAUCAUUUAACUAGUUGAGGGGGUUUGUGUUAUUUACAGCUCCUCUCCUCCUGGCUUCCUCAAUUAUAUACACCACAUGAGAGUUAAAGAAUUAGUCAUGUAUCCAAAGUAGCUUUCCUGUUGACGCUUAGGAGUAGUACAGCUGCAAACUGGCCGCAGGUACAUCUUGUUUAUAUAUUUUUUUGGUCUUGAUUUGGAAACACUGUUUGAGUUCACAGCUGUUCUUUAACGUGACGACUGUGAUGAUUCAGUAUUGCUUUUAGCCUGUUGAAUCGUGGGUAGGUUCCCUCUCCCCCGCCCCCCCGAGCAGCUGCGUCGUGUAUAUGUGUUUCUUACGUGAUGUAAAAGUGGUGGGGUCGCCUACAGAGGAAUAAAAGCAACAUCCAAUCAUCUGACGUCAGACUUAGAAAAAAUUAGCAAUCCUUAUGGUAAACAGUCUGAUCUUGGUGUCUCCCACGGCAUUUAGGAGUGCUGUUCGUUUUCUGCUGUUGACAUCCCUGCGGAAAUCUUUCGCCAAAUACUAGUUGUAAAAAAAGAGAAAGGCAAAAUAAACUGCCAGAAGAGCAGAUCAAUGCAAUAAAUCCCAUAUCAAGUACAUUUCCCAUCCUUUAAUCUCCCAGUUAUUUCCUCUUUAAAACUAACCACUCUGACUGCUAAUGUUAAACUGGCCCUUUGCCCAAAUUAUUUGUGGGGAAGUCAAAAAGGGCCGUGGUUUAAAAUGAAUGAUUGUAGAAUAUUUCAGAAAUAUUAACAAUUAAUUAGAUUAAAUAGUGUUUAAUAUGGAGAACGGGGAGAUAAAGAAAAAUGACAUGCACCUUCUUGAUGUGGACAGUGAUGGCAGUGAAGUGCCUUUAAUGUCCAGUAUGACUUAAAGAGAGAAAAGGAAGAGGUUGAGUCUUCCUGGUUGAGGCCCAAGCGUUAUCAUUAGUUUGUUUUUUAAGAAAGAAGAGGUAUCGCUGUGCUGAUAUUGGUGAGAACAGUUGUAUCCCAGCUGGACUGAAGAGCCUUUUAUUUUGAAGAACUGAGUAAAUAGAUGUCAUUUGAGGGCCUUGAUCAGUCGAGAUUGAAGUUUUUCCCUAUAAAGUAGAGGACUAUAUUCAGUACAUGAAACCUAUGGUCUUCUCACUGGUGACUUUGUAUAAAUGAAUAUUUAAAAGUGCUUUCCUUUUUUGUCGCACCCAAUACUGCUCCCAAAUAUCCUCCCACCUCACUAUUUAUGUUUCAGAACUCAAUUUCAAAACAUGAAGGAUGAGCUUGUAGGACAUUUUGGGUCGCUGUUCGGUGCUUUAAAUCAGGGAAUGUUACUUUAAAGAAAUGGCAAACAUAUUGGGGCUUAAUUUAAAAAAACUUGAGUAUUGCAGAGAGUGCAUUGAGGUAAAAAUGUUGGACUGUUUGUUUGUUCAAUUGAGCAUUGCACCUCUGAUUUCUGACUUUUCCGUGUAAAUGAGAGGAUUGUGAGUGAGGUGCAGAACGAAGCAGCCGCGCUAAGGCUCAUGCCACGUUCUCUAAUUAGCUUGCUGCUACUUGUGUGAUUUAAUUUUUUUCCCCCAUUUUGUCCCUCCUGUACAUAGCCGCGUCCUGUUUUUGUUUUUAUCUUCUAGAUUUCAACUUGAAGAAAGGCUAAAUGAAGGAGCGUUUAUCAGCACAUUUUUGCUCUUAGCGGCUCGUCCGUGUCGAGAAUGUUUUGUUAAAUGCCUUCUUUUCAUUAUUGCAUGCUGGAUGCUUGGAGUUGUGACUUUUCCUCCCAUUGCAUACGCUCUUAAAGAUUCAGACCAUAAAAAAACCACUUGAUUAUUUGUGAUUACCCAUAUACUAGUUGAAAGAAUGCCUUGAAACAGUGUGCUUUGAGCCAAUGUCCUCAGUUUUGGCAUGGAAAUUGAGCAUUGCACUGACAAGCUUUGUUUUGUAACUUUGUCUUUGUCAAUGUUUUCAUGGUUCAGCCAAAAAAAACUUGCUUGAAUAAAUACUCAGUCUUGAAUAUUUACUAAAUAAUGGAUGAAUAAUCACCUUGUUUUGUAUGGCCACAGACUGUAAGGAAUGUAUGAGAAAUGUUACAAAUGUUUAGUUUUUUUCUUCUUCUUUGGCUUUCAUAAUUUAGGAUUACAUGUUUCCUGCUGCUCACCAUUAACACGCCUUUUAACCUAGUCACCUGGUGGCAUUAGGCUACAGCCCAAAGACCCAACUAUGGCGAGAAGGCUCCAGAGUUUCGCCUCAGCUGUGGAGAGCCUUCGCCCAAAUUAAGAGAAAUAUUUGCGUUUUAUUCACAGCUGUUGAGUGGACUGACGCCUAACCACUGAAUCCAGUCCAGAGUACUCUAUGCGUUCGGCAUGGUGGCUGCAUUCCCUAAGAACACAGCGUCAUGUGUUGACAUUGUGAUGUCAUCUCUGGUAUCCAUGUUUACCGAUAGAUCUCCAUUGUGUUGCCUCUCCGCAGCUUCAACUACAAGUUACCAACUCAGUCAGUGCACCACUUAAGGAAAAGUGCCUUAUUCAGUUAAUACCCAUAUAUAGUUGUAGUUUGUAAAAUGAUACGACAACUCUGUUAAAUAAAAAUGGGACUCAGCACUUUCAGACCCCUGUGAAGUGGUUUUCUGUGUUGUAUUCUGCUUAAAUGUCUGUUUUGUCAUGCUCAGCCUUAACUCCUUGUUGCCCACAGAGCGUUUGCUUCAGAUAAACUGUCCAGACAAUAACCAGGCUGCUUCUGUUUGAAAAGUUAGUUUGUGAGAUGAAUCUUGCACGUAAUGGUUGGCCCUUAUCAGCAUUUAUGUGCCUACAUUUCAACCAAUCACACAAUAGAAUUAUAGGUGUUUUAAAUGCUGCUGAAUGGCUUUAACCAGCUAAUGAGUGGCAUAGUUUUCAAAUAGAUGACGCCUGGUUGUAGCCUGGUCAACUUAUCACCGGCACAUUGUAAUAAAAUAAGUGCAACGUUUCCUCCAUGAUGCAAACAGUCAUGGGAUGACUUGAAGUCCACUUGGGUUGUCAUUUUCAAUUGAUUAAUUGAAUGACUUGUUUUCUGUCCAGUUGGAUUUAAAGUUUGCUUGGUCAUGGAGGGUUUCCCUCAGUUUUCAGCAUUAGAGCAACGAGUAAAAAGCUUUUUGAUUCCCUCUUUUUUGCCUUGUGGCUUAUUUCUAUGUGCACACACUGUAGUGCCAUAUAUUUUACCUUUUGUGUCAGAGGCCAUCAGUCUUGUAGGUACGAUAUCUUUGGCUUCGCUCCCACCACACUAUGACACACAAAGACUGUACAUGUAGACACUUGCAGGUGCCACAAAAGUCUCCUGAAAUGUUCUGUGCUUAUUUUUUGCUAAUCUUUUUUCUCUCUCAAACCUUUUUAUUUUGUGCCUUGUUUUCUAGUGUUGCCUUUAGUUCACGAUGUAAAGCCAAUAAAGUUUGAAUAUUGUUAAACAAA